AUGACGGUUGAAAAUUCGAUCACUUCAGCAUUUGGUGCAUUCUUUGUUCUUAGUAGCUUACAGGCAUGUGUUAAGAGAAUCCAAGGUGAUGAAACUGGUCACAAACACUGUACAGGGCAAUACUUCGAUUACUGGUCUUGUGUUGACAAAUGUGUUGCGCCAAAACUCUUUUCAAAACUGAAAUGAAGAGGCAGUUCCAUGGGGCAUGCACAUUGUUGUCCACUAUAUUUCAUUGCCAAAUUUAAUAACUGUAUCCAAAACUUCUGAUUAGCUCUUUUUACCUCAAACUAGUCAUGCUUGUGUGGUACUGGUCACAAAUUUUUUGAACAACAUAACCUCGAGUUAGACAAAUAAAAGGUGGUGUUGAGAGUUGACUUUGUCAGCUA